AUGUGUGGACUCAUUUCAACAGAGUUUCUCUGCCUUACUGUGGACAGUUUUGAGAGCUCUCUGGCCUCUGAUGAUUUACUGGCUCACUUCUUCAAUGAUUUCCUAAGUGCGCCGUCUUUCCCAGAGGCUUUGCGGUACAACCGGGAGACAGGGCUAUUUGAGAUGGCGAGUAGAGCGGCAGAGUUUGUGUCCACAAGAAUCCGAUCAGCCCUUUACAACAGAAAAUCACAGCUUCUUACUGUUGACUCGUCACUGCUUACCAAAAUGCCCCCAAUAGACAAUCAUUACACUGUCUGUUGCCUGGACAGAGAGCAAGGAAUGCAGUGGAUCAAAAAGGAAAGAUUCCCCUUUUUCCUUCAAAGUGAUUGUUAUCAUGAAUACAGACUAGCCAAGCUUCUGCUUCAGUGGGACCCAAACUUGUGUAUUCACAGAAGGAAAAGCAGUUCAGUUCGGACCACCCUGUCAGCCCCUCAACUGUGUUCCUUAAAAUUAAACACGGGUUUCUCCUCUGCUCACCUUCAAAGUGGGGAACCUCGGGAACUUAAGAGCUCACAAACAGAGCUGGGUGUCUGCUCUGGGCUAUCAUCUGUUGGUAAAGAGAAACACCUAAAAGAGAUCAGUAGCCUGGCAUCUCAUUCUCCCGAACAACACUUGGAGUACCUGGCUGUCCAAGUGACUGAACAGGUGCUUAAAGACACAAUGAAUGUAACGGAUGGUCCGAACCAGGCAGACACUUGGGAGUGUUUCAGCAAGUCAGGAGAUCAGGCAAACUGUAGCAGCACAGACAGAUCCUGUAAAUGUGACCUUAACCGACAUCUCAACAGAGGAAGACUGGAGGGGGAGAAAGAGAGAAGUCAACGUGACAAGAGGGGGUGUGGAUGGGAUAAGAAGGAUCAGGAGGAGGGGAGCAGAGCCACAAACCAGGAAGAUGUCCCUUAUACUUGUUGCAAUGAUACAGGUUUCUAUGGAAGCUUGGAUAAGUUUAGGGAGUUUUUACAAGGAACGUCAGGAGAGAAGCUCCUUAAUCUCUGGAUGGAUAUAGAGAGACUGAAGGCUACACGGGACAAAGAGCGGAAGCACAGGUAUUUGGUUCUCAUGAGAAGCUGCUACCUGCUGAGCAGCAGUCAGUUCAGUCUGAAUAUGGGGCUGCUGUCCAGACUGGGACUGACUACCUCCCCCUGCUGGACAGAGGACAAACUGCGCUCAGUUCAGACCUGCCUCACUGAGCCUCUGCUCCACUACUGGGUUCCUCGGUUCUGGACAUCUCUGUGCCAUCAGGAAGACCAUACUAACUCCUCUGAUGUGGAGCUGAGGACAGAGUGGUGUUACAGCUCUUCUUUGGGCUCACAGCCUCGCUGUUACUCAACGUUCUUACGAACUGACACCUGCUCGCCCCAGUCUUCCCAUACUGUCCGUACACAGGUGAUGUCCAGAAGAAGUCGACUACAGUGCAGCACAAUGAUGGAAAAGAUGCUGCAGGCUCUUUGUGCUUUGUGUGAGUCUCGUGCUGGCUCAUACUUCACACACUUCUGCGAACAAUCUGGAAACCAGCUGUGGGUGAAUGCACUUUACUUCUGGAUUGACCUGCAGUAUUACCAUGAGCUCUUCUACCAGGAUGGUCUGGACCCUUACAGAGUGCAGAGAGAGGCACAGUUCCUUUACUCCACAUAUCUUUUCAGCUCUGCCAGGAGGAGCUUUGGUGUGGAUGAGAAGUUGAGAAGGGAGGUGUAUGACAGACUGAUGCCCCCGUUUAAGGAGCUGUUUGACAGGGUCGAGGAACACGCACUGAACAUCCUGGUGGAGGCGUGGACCAUGAUGGUCAACAGGGACACAGAGUCUUUCCAGCAGGUAGCUGUGCAGGAGGAGGUGCGCUCCAUUGACAGCUGGGAGUACAGAGAACUGCGCAGCCUGUACGAGGAAUCACAGCUGCGACUGGAGCGGGGGGAGCAGUGCAGCUCCAUGCUAUCUGCUUCAUCUAUUACACCUUCUACACACACUUCUGACUCUUGGUCCAGAGUGUCUCCAAAUUACCGUGGUUACCGUUUAGGCUCCUUACUUCGUUACCGCCAUGAGAUCGGGCACUUCAUGUCUUUCCUACAAAAUCAGAACGCCAGUAUCCAUCUGAUGUGCUGGCUGGAUCUGGAGCAGUAUAGGAGGACUCCUCGGCAGCACAAGGCUAUCAGGCAGGAGAGAUCAGCAUGCAUUGCUGCCAGAUACCUCAACAGGAAGUACUUCUUUGGCUCUGACAGCCCUGCCACAACAGAACAACAGAAUGAUAUUUUGCAUUUGGCAGGUGGAAUUGAGCGUCUGAAGUUGGAGUGCCUCUCAAACCCAGUCGUCGUGGAGAUCCAGGACGUCGUGAGGAAUCACAUCGAGAAAACAUGGCUGCCUCUGUUUCUGUCCACAACAGAGUUCAUCGAACGGCAGAAACGCAGACCAGAGUUAAAGGUGGCGGGCAGGCUCUCACAGCACGUCCACCGUCAACGCAGAGCAAGAAAAGAAGCCUGGAAGGCCGAGGGCUUGUGGAUGAGUUCCACCAAAGAGAUCCUGCUGUUCCGACAAAUCCUGCUCAACCCUGUCACCUGCCAGCAGUUCCAGGACUUUGUCUACUCGAAGGGAGGCUUCCUGGAGAAUGAUGUGCUCUUUUGGUUAGAGGUGCAGAGGUACAAGGACCUCUGUCAUUCCCACAGUGAUGAUGCCACCAUCCAGCAAAAAGUCUCCACAAUCAUCAGCUGUUUCAUCAACUCUUCCAUGCCCCCGGCCCUGCAGAUAGACAUUCCUCCCCAACAGGCUCAGCACAUUCUGGAGAAACGCCACGAGCUGGGCCCUUACAUCUUUCGAGAGGCUCAGAUGUCAGUGUUUGAUGAAUUACUGAAGUUUUGGCCCGAGUUUCAGGAGCUUAUCAGCAGCAUCCAAGAGGAGCAACUUAUUCCUCUGCUGCAGGAGAAACGAGUCAAGCACAGAACCAGAGUAAGGAGACAGAGAAGGAAAGAGGAGGAGGAGGAGGAAGAGAAAAACAAAGGAAGGAGGAGAGCCCAGGAAGACAUGGAGAGUCAAGAGACCAGUGUUACAGAAGAGGAUGAGGAUGAUGAAGAUGAUGAGGAGGAGGGGGAUGAUGAUGAUGACGAUCAAGAUGAAGCAAACGAACCAGAAGAAAGAAGUGAGAAAAAGCAGUCGAGGACACGGAGCAGAGUGUUGCUCACACCCACACAGACGCUGUCGUGGUCCUACUCCAAGUAUAUGGCAGGUCUGAAAAGAGAGGAGGUGCUGCUGAGGAGACGGAGUCAACUGGAAACCACCUUCUCCACGGCCUCAGAGUCCUCUUCUAACCGUAGCAUUAAGUCAGCAAGCAGCGAGCAGAGCUACCGGCAGCCCUCACAGCGCUCCUCCAGAACAAACAGCAAACAGUGUAACAGAUACAACCGUGAGUGGACAUAUUGUAGAAACACUCUCUCAGCAGCCGUUUUGUCUUAGACAGGACAGGCUGGGCUUUAUUUUAUUAUUUUUUUUAAACUGCAGGAGGUGUUAGAGCCUGAAGUGAAACCAGAGUGUGAGGAGUGACUCCAUGCAGCGUGACUUUAACAGGGGAAGGUGACCGAC